AUGGCUGUAGACAGCCUUGGUUUGAUAAUGAUUGCAGAAAUGCUAGAACGUUAUAUCAUAGAUCUUAAUACAGAUACAGUAGAUGCAAAUGACAACCCAGAAACAGAUUUUCCAAAUGUUAAUUUUGAUAAUGGGCUUAAUGAUAGCAUAACAAUCUCUGAGAUACAAAGAGCAAUAGAUAAACUUAAGAAUGGCAAGGCGGCUGGUCUGGAUCAAGUUACUAACGAAUAUAUUAAGGGAAGCAAUCUGAUAUAUUUUGAUUACAGAUCUGAUAUAUUUGAAUUGUUUGAUAUGGUGUUGGUCCUGUCAAAGGGAGAGAUGGCGUACUACGGCCAGGCAUCAAAUAUGGUCAUUUACUUCAGUAAUCUCGGACAUCCUUGUCCAGAAUUCACAAAACCAUGUGACUUCUACGUUGACCAUGCCACGAUCGACCCGACAUCUGAGGAGUCCGAGGUUAACAGUACAAAUAUGGUUGAAACCUUAGUUAAAGCUUACAAAGACAGUCAGAAAGAACUAACUGGAAGUGGGUCAACUAGUAAAGAUAAGGAAGAGAAAGAUAAAGAGCAAUGGCCUGUUCUGGCGAUGUUCAGAAACCUAGAACAUCAACCAGGACCGUUAAGACAGUUCUGGAUACUUUACAGACGAUCAACGAGGAAUAAUGUAGAAGAUAACGGUUACCUGGCAACACAUUUUAUACAAACAGUUGCUAUGUCAGUGGUUAUGGGGUUUGUUUAUUUCAAUCUGGGCCUUGACCAAUCAUCAGUUAGGGACAGAUUUGGGAUGAUGUAUAUCAUUGGUGCCUUAUAUCCGUAUAUGGUCGUUUUAGACCUCAUUGGACUGUACCAUAAAGAGCGGUCUUUUCUAUACUUUGAACUAGAGGACCGACUGUAUGGAGUCACGCCGUAUUAUUUUGCAAAGAUAUUUAGCGAGUUACAAUUCCAUUCAUUCUUUGUGGCGGUGUAUGCAGUUCCGGUGUACUUUAUAGCGGGGCUAAAGUUGAAUGUUGAAGACUUUUUGACAGUGUUUGCGAUAUUAUUCCUUCUUGUAUACUGUAGUAGAACAUUAGCCAUGUUUUCUGCAGCAGUCAUGCCAACAUUCCAACUUGGUUGUUUCUUUGCACAAACUUUCUUUUCAAUGUAUAUUAUGUCGGCAGGGUUCUUUAUCAAUUUGGAUAAUAUAUUUGAUGGUUUGAAAUGGGUGUCGUCAGUGUCCUAUCUAAAAUGGGGCUUUCAAGCAUUAUGUAAAGUACAAAUUCAAAGUUUGGAAUUCAACUGUGAUGACGCCAUUCCGGGGUCAUGUAUAAGAAACGGCACGAUGGCGUUAGAAAGUUACUCUCUGCAAGGGAAUUCCGUGUGGGAGGCGUGUGUAGUGAUGGGAUCUUCAUGUGUUAUAUACUUGAUCCUUUUCUUUAUAGGAAUGAGGUUUGUACCUCAAAAACCCCAUGAAAUGUAGUACAAUUUCAAGAAUGGAUAUCCUAUACGAGGUUUCGACAAAAGAGGUUCUUAAAACACUUAUA